AAGAGUAGCGCUGGGCGGUUCUCCUGUUUUGUUGCUUGCCGUCCGGCCAACGCGGAGGUGCAAAGCAAACACACUCUGGCCGGGCCCCUCACGUCACUCGCCGGAGACGUGCCACAUACUCGCCUGUUAGCCAGCGGUUAGCAUCUGGCUGCCCUGAAAUGCGUUUUUUCCAGAAAUGAUGGAGGCGCCACUGUUUUGUAAAUCAUGCUGAUAAGUGAAGAAAACGGGAUGGAGACUCGGAACAAGCCCUUCAGCAGACUGAUUCUUGUUUCAUAAUAAGCACACCAAUAAAUAGAAGACAGUCUGCAUCAUGGGAAGGAUCAGCUUUUCAUGCCUUUUCCCAGCCUCAUGGCAUUUCAGCCUGCCAUCCCAGGUUCUUCCUCGGCUCCUGAUCCCUUCCCUCAGACAGCUGCUCUUCAUCGGCCUGGUGCUCUGCCUCAUAGGACUGCUCUACCUACUGCUCAUCACUGGGAAGGGACACGCCAGCUGGAUCAGAAAAGAAAAUCACUUCCACAGGCACUUGGCAAGGGUGACUGAUGUGGAUGCGACAGAUAUAAGCAAUCCCAACCUCAACUACGGCCUGGUGGUGGACUGUGGCAGCAGUGGCUCCAGGGUGUUUGUGUACUGCUGGCCCCGGCAUAAUGGUAAUCCUCAUGAAUUGCUGGAUAUACAGCAAAUGAGGGAUCAACACAGCAAGCCAGUUGUCAUGAAGAUCAAACCAGGAAUCUCUGAAUUGGCUAAAACACCUGAGAAAGCCAGUGAUUAUAUCUAUCCACUGCUGAGCUUUGCUGCCCAACACAUCCCCAAAAAUAAGCACCAAGAAACACCCCUGUACAUCCUGUGCACAGCUGGAAUGAGAAUCCUUCCUGAAAGUCAACAAGAAGCACUUCUGGAGGAUCUGCGAACCGACAUCCCAGUCCACUUCAACUUCCUCUUCUCUGAUUCCCACGUAGAAGUGAUUUCUGGAAAACAGGAAGGUGUCUAUGCAUGGAUUGGGAUAAACUUUGUCCUCGGACGGUUUAACCACGUGCACAAUGAUGGGGAAGCUGUAGUGGAGGUACAUGUCCCAGGCAGCGAUCAGCAGGAGGCGCUGGUGAGGAAGAGGACUGCCGGUGUCCUGGACAUGGGCGGCGUCUCCACGCAGAUCGCAUACGAAGUGCCCAAAACUGUAAGCUUUGCUUCUCCACAGCAGGAGGAGGUUGCCAAGAACUUACUGGCCGAGUUCAACCUUGGAUGUGAUGCACAUCGCACAGAGCAUGUUUAUCGUGUUUAUGUGUCCACUUUCCUGGGUUUUGGAGGAAAUGCAGCACGCCAAAGAUACGAGGAGAGCCUCAUCAGAAAUACUGCCACUCGAAACAAGCUCUUCGAUCAGCAUACCGGUGAGACGGCAGAGUCCCCUCUCCUGGACCCUUGUCUGCCCUCAGACCUGCAGGAUGAGAUCGGUCCACCCACACAGAAGCUCCAUCUGCGAGGCACAGGAGACUUUGACCGGUGUAGAGAGGUUCUCCAGCCGUUCCUCAACCGCACCAACGAGACCCAAACAUCCCUCAGUGGGGUCUACCAGCCGGCUAUUGACUACAGCAACAGUCAGUUCUACGGCUUCUCUGAGUUCUACUACUGCACAGAGGAUGUGCUGCGCAUGGGCGGGGAUUAUAACGCUUCUAAAUAUGCCCGGGCUGCCAAGAGUUACUGUUUGACCCAGUGGAAGACACUGAGGGAACGCUUUGACUCCGGCCUGUAUGCCUCACAUGCUGAUCUACACAGACUGAAGUACCAGUGUUUUAAAUCAGCAUGGAUGUAUGAAGUACUGCACUCGGGCUUCUCUUUCCCAACCAAUUACAAAAACCUAAAGACUGCUCUGCUGGUCUAUGAUAAGGAGGUCCAAUGGACUCUUGGAGCUAUUCUUUAUAGAACACGAUUUCUGCCUUUGAGGGACAUCCAGCAGGAAAGUCUGAAAGGAGCACACUCUCACUGGCGUCACAGUUUCUCCUUUGUCAACAACCACUACUUAUUUCUGGCUUGUUUCUUCAUUGUGUUGUUGUCCAUUAUGUUGUACUUACUGCGACUCCGCCGCAUUCAUCGGCGCUCAGCCCAGCGCUGCUCCCCCUCCUCUGUACCGUGGCUGGAGGAGGGCCUUGACUCACCCACACUCCCUAUCAACCUCUAAACUUUGUAGAGCAUAAAGUCUGGACAGCACGUCUGGACGUUUCCAGUGCCAGUGUUCACUCCUUUUCUUUCAGAGGCUCAUCUGCUUUUUCAGGGGGCUUUUGAAGGCUGCUACCACAAAAGCGGAGCUCCUCCCUACAACAAGUACAGUAGUGAGAAUUGGAAGAUUGAUCUUAUGUUGAGUCUGCAGGCUCACCUGAGCUCAUGAAAAUGUUUUUGUUCAGGACUGACGUGUCUUUAUUUUCCUUAACUCAUGUUCUUGCCAAACACAAAGGUACUUUGCUUGCUAGCUAAUCUUCUGUACUCAAAUGAAUAUGUAGUCCGUACUUUGAUUUUUCUCCCUUUCUUUAUGCCUUUUCUAAGUAUAUGAUCAUUUUUGGGGUUUUUUUUUUUUGUUUUGAUUUUAUAGUUGUCAAAUGGUACAAGCACUCUCCAUUUCUAAAGAAACCUCAAAUGCAAUACGAUUUUUAAGUAGUGGACAGAGCACUUUGUAAUGCAGUCAAAAUGCUUUUCCCAGCUGGAAUUGUCUUUCUUUUUUGUUUUUCUGUGUGCGUGUUUGUGUGUGUCUUUAUCAAAUUGUUAUGCCUCAACAAGACAAGUAGCCUUUUAAAGGCAAUACCAGUGCAAUACAUGUCUUGUCACUGUUGGGGCAAGUCUCCAGAACACAUCUGCUCUUUUGACAAGGGUAUCAGUUUCUCUUAAAGCCCUGCUGACAGUCUUGUGUUGGGUCAUCUGACUUUUAAGUUGGAUACCGUUGCAUAUAUUUACGUUGGGCUUCAUUUUUGGAAGCCGUCAUAUCACUGCUGUGAGGGGAUUGUAAAUGAGAAGCCCCAUUAUUUAUAUGAAAAUGGUCCUGUGAAAUGUUUGCACAGAUCAAUGUGAAAUACAUGUUAUCACAUUGCAAUUCAGUAAUAAAGGUUUUAUGGUAUA